GAGUGCGUUGUGGGGCCGUCUCACGGUCGCGCAGGAUGUGGCGAACGGUCGUCGGAUUAUAAGACUCCCGUUGGAAACUGGCUGGAGGAGACGUCAUGCGUUACUCGGGACAAUAAAGUAAAAGAUUUUGUUUCGAAGAGGCACCGAAUGUCGUAAGAGGAUACGGUGUAAACAUCUGUCCCGAAACUCCCUUGCAGAACAGAAAUGAGUAACAGCGGGGUGCAAGGAGUCGGCUCCCGGACGGCAGGUUCGGCGGGACCGGCUGUCGGGGAAGAUGGACCCGGCACGCCGAGCAGUCCGGUAGGCUCCGCUGCGGCUCCGCUCUCCCCUGUGGAAGUCGACGAGGAGCCGCAGUCGUCGGUGGCAGAUGUCACCCAGAUGUGGAUUAAAUUCGCUAAAACGUUCCUCAUCAUUUUCCCCAUCUACGUCCUGGGAUAUUUCGAGCUCAGUUUCAGCUGGGUCCUGGUCGGACUCGCCGUGUUUUUCUGGUGGAGAAGAAACUACGGCUACAGGAAUAAUCGGAUAAACCGUGUCUUAGCAUUCCUGGAGCAUGAGGAAAGAGUCGUCAGGCAAAGUGUGCCCACUACGGAGUUGCCGCCAUGGGUUCAUUUUCCAGAUGUGGAGAGAGUGGAGUGGCUGAACAAGACGGUGAAGCAGAUGUGGCCCUUCAUCUGUCAGUUUGUGGACAAGCUGUUCAGAGAAACCAUCGAGCCAGCAGUGAAGGGGGCCAAUGCCCACCUCAGCAGCUUCUGCUUUACCAAGAUUGACAUGGGUGACAAGCCACUGAGAAUAAAUGGGGUGAAGGUGUACACCGAGAAUGUGGACAAGAGACAGAUCAUUAUGGAUCUGCAAAUCAGUUUUGUUGGGAACACAUCAAUCGACGUGGACAUCAAGAAGUACUAUUGCAGAGCUGGUAUCAAAAGUAUACAGCUUCAUGGAGUGAUGAGGGUGGUGAUGGAGCCACUGCUGGGAGACAUGCCUCUGGUUGGAGCCCUCUCUGUCUUCUUCCUCAAGAAACCUAUGCUGGACAUCAACUGGACAGGUCUCACUAACAUGCUGGACAUCCCAGGUGUCAAUGGCCUGUGUGAUAACAUCAUUCAGGACAUCAUCUACAGCUACCUGGUUCUUCCAAACCGCAUCACCAUCCCACUGGUGGGAGAUGCCCAACUAGCCCAGCUGCGCUGCCCAAUACCCAAGGGUGUGCUGCGGAUCCACUUCCAGGAGGCCCAGGACCUGCUAGGCAAGGACAAGUUCCUUGGGGGGUUGAUUAAGGGCAAGUCAGAUCCAUAUGGAGUCAUUCGGAUUGGGAACCAGCUGUUCCAGAGCAAGGUCAUCCACGAAACCGUCCACCCCAAAUGGAAGGAAGUUUAUGAGGCCCUAGUGUAUGACCAUCCAGGACAGCACCUUGAGAUUGAGCUGUUCGAUGAAGACACUGAUAAAGAUGACUUCCUGGGAAGUCUGAUGAUUGACAUGGCCGAACUCCAGAAAGAACAGGAAGUCGAUGAGUGGUUUGUCAUGGAUGACGUGGCUACAGGGAAGCUCCAUCUCAAACUGGAGUGGCUGUCUCUGCUCCCCACACCAGAGAGACUUGAUCAGGUAUUGACAGCCAUCAAAGCAGACAGGGGUCAGGCCAAUGAUGGUCUGUCAUCCGCUCUUCUAGUCGUCUUCCUGGAUUCUGCCAGGAACCUACCGCGCAAUCCAUUAGAAUUCAACCAGGCGGGGCUGAAGAAGGCCUCAGUCAGUAAGGCCAUCAAGUCAGGUAAAAAAGUGAGCAGUGACCCCAGUCCAUUUGUCCAAUUCAGGGUGGGACACAAAUCCUAUGACAGCAAGAUCAGAUACAAGACCAAUGAACCUGUCUGGGAGGAGGCCUUCACCUUCCUAAUCCACAACCCAAAGAGCCAAGAACUGGAGGUGGAGGUGAAGGAUGAGAAGCAUGACUGUUCUCUGGGCACGCUGAUGUUGCCUCUGAUUCGCCUGCUGGAGGCGGAGGACAUGACCCUAAACCAGCGCUUCCCCCUCAAGAACUCUGGACCCAGCUGCACCCUCAAGAUGAAGAUGGUCCUGAGGGUAUUGUGUUUGAACAAGACUGCUUCCUCAACCUCGGACCCCCAACCAUCCUCGGUUCAGGUGCGGAAGACAAGCACAUCCAGCUCCAACCCCACCCCCACCCCGCGGCCCUCCGUCUCCUCUGAGGCCCCCCUGUCUCCUGCCGUGGUCCCAGACAUCCCCCGCUCUGCCUCGGUGUCUGCCCAAGACCUCAACCGCAAACGUGACCCCCAGGAGCCAGUCAGCCACCUGGGAGGCUUGGACCACAAACCGGGAAGGGUAGGAGCAGGCAAUGGAAGUCUGGGCCUUGCAGAAAGUGGAAGAAGCACCUCCAACCUGGCCAUCUCAGGCUCCCAACAGUACCUGGCUGGACUGGUGGGAGGCAAGGAGCCCACGCCUAGCAUCGCAUCGGACAUCUCCAACCCCUACGCUGCGCAGGAGCUGCAGCAGAGGCUGCGCCAGUUACAGAAUGGUUCGGGUCCCAGUUAUUUUCCCUUGGGAGAGAUACAGCUGACGGUCAGGCACAGCUCCCAGAGGAACAAGCUGAUUGUGGUCGUUCACGCUUGCAGAAACCUGAUUGCGUUCACCGACCACGGCUCAGAUCCUUACGUCCGCCUCUAUCUCCUCCCUGACAAACGGAGAUCUGGGAGGAGAAAAACUCACACACACAAGAAGACCCUCAACCCCGUUUAUGACCAGAUAUUUGAGUUCAGCGUGUCCAUCGUGGAGCUCCACAGGAGGACUUUAGAUGUAGCGGUGAAGAAUGGUGGAGGCCUGCUCUCCAAACACAAAGGACUGCUGGGAAAGGUGCUGGUGGAUUUGACCUAUGAGGACAUCGCCAAAGGCUGGACACAGUGGUAUGAGCUGAGUGAGGACGGCCUGACGAAGCCUCACCAGCUGUAGAAGGACAUGAGAUUUGGUCGCUAUCAUCCAGUUCCUUUCUCCUCUACGCCCGGAGAAGAGCGCACGCUGCUAUCUGCCAUUUUCAUAUACGGUUGCACCUCACCCUACAGUAUGAUGGGUAGAAUCCAAACAAAAAUUUUUUUUUUAUUCUUUUCAUGACAUAAAAUCAUUUUCGCACAUCAGUCGCAAUGCAAUCUUUCCCUUUAAGAAAUGAUACAGUAUAACAGAAUAAAGGGAUUUUAUACAUAUAUAUAUAUAUAUAUGUGUGUGUGUGUGUGUGUGGUAUUAACAUAAAUUGCAUAAGUACACUAUUCCAUAUUUAUAGAAGAGUUUAUAAAGGACUGUAGAGAGUAAAAAAAAAAAAUCGAAAAAAUUUGCUAUUAUUGUUACAGCAUAGUUUUCUGCCUUGACCUAAUCUUCGGGGAACGACCAUGUACAACUUGUAAAUAUGUACAAUGACUAUGGACAGAAGAGAUGGUAUAUUCUAGAAAGAGGUGUAUUCUAUUCCUCGGUCAAAAUGACCAUUUGUAAUUUUUUUUUUGCUUUUUUUUUUAAAACAUUCUUAUCAAAUUUUCUGAUGCUGACGGCACACAUGUUGCGUUUCGUGGGCUGCUUGCUUUGAAAGGCUGCAGGGGAAAAAAAGGCCAAAGAGAUGGGUUUUAGAUUUAACCACCCACGUGGAUUUUGAUAAACCUUUACAACAGCUGUGUUUCAUGGUGUUGACCAGUGUGCCAAACCGGACGUGUUAGAAAGUGUUGUUAUUACGUGAUAUCGUUGUGUUAGCGCCUGUGGAAGUGUAAUUGAAAAUGGUAUCAGUUUUGGCAUGGUAGACAAUUGGUUUUGCUAACACCGAGCUAACGGUACUGUGUAUUAAAAGUACUUCAUCACGGGUAAAUAUGCUGGUUAAUACAAUGUACUGGAGCUACUGUAAAGUGUAUUGUUACCUGAGCUUUUUUUUUAAUCGAUUUGUAUGAAUGUUUGCACAUCUCUCGUGUUUUUUUUUACAUCUCUUAAAUAUUAUUUGUAUUCUUAGUCACAACUUAAAGAUUGUUUUAUUACUGAGUGAAAAAUCUGUCCUAACAAGUAAUCUCUGCUCAUAUGAAGAAUCCGACAAGCUGGGGAGAUGUACUUGUUUCAGCACCGUUCUGUCUUGUCUCCAGAGUUCUGCAUCAGAUGACGCUGCCUCAAAGCAAGAUCAUUUCACUUGUUUUGAAGGAGCGCCAUUUAAUCCAGGGCCUCAGUUGUGUUAUCACAACUGAAUAUCAUCUCACCACGGGAAGAUGUUGUCAUUUGUCAUUUCGUUCUUUGGAGGUAAAAUUUUCGGAUUGAAUGUGAGAUGAAAUUACUUGUUGAAACUGUAAUGUUGUGUUGUGUAGUGUCCCCCCCCCCCUCAUGUUUGGUUGAAAUCCAUCUAAAAAGAUGUGCAGCAUGGUCGGAAGCCCGGGAAGGGAAGCACGCCAGUCUUAACUCCUAUGCUCUUAGCCAGGAUGUGUCACUUAAAAUGCAGCUGUUUUUCCAGCUCGAGGCUAAACACGCCUGUGUCACCUUGUAACGCAACAAGCAUUCAUCACACUACUUAGCGUUUUGUUUUUAUCAUUUCAUCAUCUUAGUGGGGGGGGGGGGAUGUUGUCUUGCCGCCCGGUUGGGUUUGCAGGGUCAGGUUAGGGGUAACUGCCUUGCUCGAGGGUAAGGCCCAACACAUAUUGACAUAUGGCAUAUAUAAACACACACGUCGACACAUAUCCUCUUUUUGAGAGUGUACAUGUGGUGUACUACUCAACACUUUGCAGCAUUUACACUCAGCCUACACAGCUUGUACAUUUCACUGCACUUGUUCAGAAAGAAAAGAUGAUAUAAAAAAAUAAAACAUGCACACAUGGCAGUGCCACAGAAUUUGGGUCAAAGGGGAUUCACAGAGGUGGUUCCGUCACUUAAACGCGCCACACGGUCAUGCAGAAGUAGCUCUGUGGUAUUAGACUCAUCAGCGGUGUGUUUGUUUUGCCUCAGCGGAGCAAUGCUGGCAGCGUCUGUAACUCUUCUGAGUCCUAGAAAUUUGAGGUUUGAUGAUGGGGUCACCCAUCAUCAAACCCCCCCCCCCCAACUAGGCAGUGAGGAUUUAAACUUAGAUAAACAAUGGUAGCGGCGGUGUCGCACUCGCAUCCAUACCACUGAAGUAUUUUAUAUUUGUGUAGACUGCCGUCAUUGCGCAUGCGUCAUCCUGCAACCUCUGGUGUCCUUGUGGUUAUUUUACCGUUACGUGUUAUCCAUCUCUUGUUGUUUCGUCCUGUCGCCUGUAAUAUUUCUUCUUUUUUGUAAGAAUGUUAAAAGGGUCUAGGUCUGUGUAAGCCAUUGGAAUGAGAGCCGCGUCUCCGAGGUUCAGUACCUAUUUUUGAACGGCGGUUUGUCUUCUCCGUCUUCUUAAUUUAUCUUGUGCCUUAAAACCCACACGACCCAGAUAUUUACGUGUAUCAAACCAAGAAAAGAAAAAAGCUUAAUGUUUCCAUGUUUGAAAAUGUUUUCUUCAGUGUCUUUUAAAACGAUUAAAGCGCUUUUGCUGGACAAGAA